AUGCAUUUGAUGUAUACGUUGGACAAAGAUGGCAACAGGGUGUACACUCUGAAAAAAGUCACGGACGAGGGCAGAAUCACGAAAUCCGCGCAUCCCGCUCGCUUCUCGCCCGAUGACAAGUUCUCCCGCCAUCGAGUAACAGUGAAAAAGCGGUACGGCGUACUGCUCACACAAUUGCCCGCGAAGCCCAUGUAA